AUGGAGUCUUCGCUUGAGUUUUCCAGCUCUUUGGGCAGUGUUUCGUCGCUCUUGUCCCGACACAGGACUUUCAAAGUGUUGAUGAUCGGGGACUCGGGAGUGGGGAAGACCUGCCUCACGCACCGACUCUGCGCUGGAGAGUUCCCCAGCAGAGUAGAGGCCACCAUCGGCGUGGACUUCAGAGAGAGGACGGUAGAGAUCGACGGAGAGAAUAUCAAACUGCAGUUGUGGGACACAGCGGGACAGGAGCGCUUUCGGAAGUCCAUGGUGCCGCACUACUACAGGAACGUCCACGCGGUUCUCUUCAUCUAUGACGUCACGUGUCCCGCCACCUUCACCGGCCUCAGCUCCUGGAUAGAGGAGUGCAGGCAGAACUCACUGGGCCAGGACAUCCCACGAUUUCUGGUUGGGAAUAAGAGCGACCUGCGUGAUCCGAGCAGAGCCGACCUGCAGGUGAACCAACAGAUGGCAAUGAGCUUCGCCAAAUCCCACAGAAUGGGGUUCUUUGAAACUUCGGCCAAAAUGUCACCCAAAAAACUUUCUAAGAUGUCGCAGCAGGAAGGAGAGGCGCCGUUUCAGCGGGAUCUGGUCGAGGACAUCGCGAACUGUGCAGAAAACUCACCGAUCUCCUGCAGCCGCUCGUACCCGAGAAUCAUGUUCUGCAGACGGGCUUUGCAGAGAGUGGGGCCGCUGGCGAGAUGCGCUCUGCAACCAACCACCACCACCAUUCCAGUUCGACACAUGGCGUUCGGGAUUCCCGGUGGAUCCACUAACCUGGCGUUAGUCGUCCUGUGCGGAGGAGGCCUCACUGCUGCAGCUGUCUACGCGUACAGGGCUGUGAGUGGGGAGGAGAGUCCAGCAAAAGCUCCAGAGGCAGCACCAGAAGCAGCCCUUGUGGCUGAACCGGCCCCGGUGGUGGAAGCAGUGCCCGAGCCUGCCCCUGCUGCAGCCGAGCCCGAACCAACACCAGAACCAGUUGCAGAACCAAAGGUGGAGAAAGCCAUUGGGAUGUAA